AUGGCCCUGUGGCAUCAUCCCAGCAAAGCAUCCCAACAGCCAACAGCCUUCAGUCAGCAGGCCCAACUAGCGUCGACGUUUCCCCUCCAGCCCCAACCAUCACCAGGUUUUGGUCUGCAGUCCCAAGCAGCAGGAUCUACUCCCCUGCAACCAUCAGGUUUUGGCCAGCAGCCAUUGGGCUUUGAUCAAAAUGCUCAGCCACAGCAGUCAUCAGGUUUCAAUCCGCAUGCUCAGUCUUCGCCGGGCUUUCACCAACAGGCUUCAUCUGGUGUCAGUUUUACCCCCCAGGCCCAACAGUUUGCAGGUUUUGAUCAGCCAUCUCAUCUAGCAUCAGGUUUUGACCAGCCUUUCUCAGGCUUUGUCUCCCAUGCCCAACAACCAUCUUUCAGCCAGCAGUCCCAACUAAUGCCAGGUCUUGCUCCUCAGCAUCAACAGUCAUCGGGUUUCGGUCAGCAGCCCCAACCACUGUCGGGCUUUGCUCCCCAUGUCCAACAGCCAUUUUUCGGUCAUCAGCCCCAACCAAUGUCAGGCUUCGCUCCUCAGCUCCAACAGACAUCAGGUUCUAAUCAGCAAGCUCUGCCUCCUGUGUUUGCUCAGCCAUCGGGUUUCGGCCAACAAACCCAACAGACAUCAGGUUCUAGUCAGCAAGCUCCACCUCCUUCCACGUUUGCUUCUCAACCAUCGAGUUUCGGUCACCAAGCUCAACUGCCAUCAGGAAGAAGCCGCCGUCCUGAAGAGAACGAACUUAUGAGUAAAAUACGCUCUCGAACACAGAAGUUGCUCUCCAUCGACAAGGACGACAAUGUCUACAAGGCGAUUGAGACUGGCCAUUUGACAACCCUUGAACUAGCAGAUGCAUUUGAUCGCGGCAAAUAUAUGCUGGAGCCAUCUCUUGAUCCAUUCUGCCCAUGCUGGGACAGCCCAAAGCACUCCUGGAAUGUGUAA